UUGAAGAAAAUAUUCUUCUUAUACCCCGAUCCCCAUUUUAAAAAAGCUAAGCAUAAGUGGAGAAUUGUAAAUCAUAAUUUAUUGGCAGAAUAUGCUUACGCUUUAACUGAAGGAGGGUUAGUUUAUACAGUUACUGAUGUUAAUGAUUUGCAUGUGUGGAUGGUUCAACAUUUUACAGAACAUGCAUUGUUUGAAAUCGUGCCUCAGGAAGAAACUAAAAAGGAUCCGAUUAUAGAAAAAUUAUAUAGCAGUUCUGAAGAGGGACAAAAAGUAUCAAGAAAUAAUGGAAACAAAUUUUUGGCAGUAUUUAGAAGGAUAAAAGAUCCAUUUUUGAAUUCAUAAUAAUUUAUCAAUUCCUAAUUAUAUUUUAUGUUUUUAUUAAAUAAACCCUUUACAUUUU